AUGUCUAUCGACAAGAAAGAACAUUCGAAAGACGAAUCGGAUGAGUCCAUUGGCUCAAGUCUUGAGAAUGAGCCAGGUCCAUCAAUCCCACAAGAAAACCAACCGGCAAAGCGCAAAGGAGGUCGCAAGCCUAUCUAUGCCACUUCGGAAGAGCGCAAACAGAGAAAUCGCCAGGCGCAAGCCGCGUUUAGAGAGCGCCGGACAGAAUAUAUCAAACAGCUCGAAGAAACUAUUAAGGCUCAUGAGUCGAACCUGGCUAGUCUACAAGCUGCCCACCGUAGUGCUGCAGAUGAAUGUUUGAUGCUCCGAUACAAGAAUUCCCUUCUUGAACGUAUCUUGUUGGAAAAAGGUAUUGAUGUCCAAGCUGAGCUUCAUGCCAAGACUGGUAGUCCAAAUCUUGGUCCAACUCAUAUGCCCCAGAAUAUGGUACAACCACCACCUAUGCCGCGGGCAAUCCUCAACAGACACCACCACGCGCGCAGGUCUGCUUCUAGCAUCGCCCCGAAACUCGAGCCUGGCAUACCUUCUCUACCCCAGCCCGCAGGGAUGCAGCAGUCUAUGGCAUCGCCUAAGACCCGGCCAACUCCCCCUUCCCACGCGGCUUCUCCCACUAACCCCACACCACCUUUUGGUAGUCAAGCGACAGCCUCACCCGUAUCUUCAGACCCCACGAGCAUGCGAACGACGAUUCCCCCGUCGAUGAAACCGCAAUUGGCACCGAUGCCCGGAAUGACAGUCGCGGCGCGCCAGCAGAUUACAGAACAAGAGUACGACGCCCCGACCGAUAUGAUGGACGAGACCGAACCGGAUACGCCAGGGCCGGGCCCUUAUCCUUCGACGUUCCAAGUCCCUCAACAGCAUGGCAUGUCUGUGCAGUCAGCGACGACGGGACCGCAAGGACAACCUCUGAUGGCACCCGGGGGACAGGGCAAUCAAGUGCAAAACCAAACACAAGGCCAAGGCUAUCCAAGCAUGACCCAGCUAUUGGACCCAGCAUUGGAUUGGGAUCCAUUUGGCCUAAGUGCAUCUAUGGCCUUUCCAACGCAGUUCUCCUUCGACACGAGUAAUAUGAGGUAGCAUCUGGAAGUGGAGUAAUAUGGUAGGGGCUUUGCGCACAAUGUCGAAGAGGGUGGAAAUUGCAUGAGGGGCGAGACGAAAGCAAUACCAACGAAACGCCGCUCCCUAACAAUCGAGGCGAUGGAUGAAUGAACGCAGGCCGAGACCAUAAUAAGCGUUGAUUUCGGUAUAGAGGGUCGACAUUUAUACUCAUUCCUGGAAGUUGUUCGGAGCAUUCUAUAAGAGAACCGGUAUGAUACCCAUGGAAGCCAUCCAUUUCCGGUUUCCAAAAACCCGAGGCAUCGAUUUAUUACUGCAAUUGCAAUAUUUGGAGAUAAAAAAAAGGUUGUUUCGGUACGAUGGUUUAUACGAUUUACGCAUCAAAAAGUUUACAGGAUCCCGAUAUC